GCCUGCUCGCCGGGCGCCCGGGGCGCCUUCUUUCUCCCGGGGGACACCAGGACGGCUCGCCGGGCUCCCGCGGCCGCUUCGCAGGUCCUCGGCUUCCCCUCAUCCCGCGUCCGUUUCUGCCCCUGCUGCGUGAGAGGGUUCGGCGGCUCCGGGCCGGGAUCGAGGUGGCGGGUCGAGGGGAGGAGGUGGGGCGCGGGCUGCAUUGCGCUUCGGUCGGGGCGGUGGGUCCGAGGGGUCGGCGGACGAGGCCUCGGGCCCGGGCCUGGGGAGGGGGAAGCCUGCGGGGUCGGAUUGGGGGCUGGGAACCCGCGGAGUCUUGCCUGGGCACCUGUGGGGCCGAGAUCCCGAGCCACCUGUCCACACACCCCCUUCCCCCAGUGCCCUGCGUUGGGUCCAGCUGGCCCCAGACUUAGGCCUUUCCCAGCCCCUGGCGAUGCUAGUUUAUUUGGAAACGUGUGAUUUUUGUGUUAAUGAUCGUUUUACUACUGCCGUGCAACAGUUGUGUAAAUCUGGUCUUGUUACGCCAUCGUUUUUACUUGCUCCUAAGAAGGCCGUUUCCAGCUCCUGGGAUGAUCCCACGCUUUGAUUCUGGGUAGCUCGUGGAAGAGAUGCAUAGCAAGAUACUGGUUCUCAGGGGACCAAAACGCAACCCCCCACCCGCCAACGUAAAGGAAAUAGCUAGUUUUUGUUUUUCUUUUUUACAGCAAUUUGCUCUGUGUAGGGAGGGGGAGGGACGGCGGAGACAGCCUGUGGCGAUUUCAUCCUGGAGAGAAUCCGCUCACAGUUUGGCGGGUAUCUUUCCCUUCUCUUUAAUUAAUACACAAACAUAUAUACGUGUGUCACAUACGGGGCGUUUAUUUGUCUGCUUUUUUCAUUUAAUGCAUGGAAGAUCUUUUCUAUAUCGUUUGAACCCAAAGCGUAGAAGGCCAGAAAGCAACUCGUUAGAGAGUUGAUCAAGUAUUACUGCAGUGGCCAGUGAUUUGGAUAGAGAUAAGCUGAAUUCAGAAACCAGUAACAACUGGUUUCUAGAAAAUAUUGUUUAGAAAAUAUGUCAUAAUAAUUGCAGGCAGUGUUUCUUCAAACUGCAUUUUUUCAGCCCGUUCGUGAAUUGUGAAAUUAAUUUAGUGGGUCGUGACUAGCAUUAAAGAUUAAAAAAAUUAAAUAAGAUCACAUAGAAAAUAUCAGAAUGCAUUACAUGUAAUGAGAGUUUUGUUUUGUGAAAAAUGUUUUAACUGUGCGUGUGUACCUGUGUGCGUGUGCUCGGUUGUAAUUCAAAAUGUAUUGGUUGCUGUGUGUCGUGUUAAAUAAUCUUGGAAGUCACUAACCCAAGGUAUUGCUAGCACUCAGAUGAGCAAUGAUGCAGUUAAACAUUAGUUUUUAAAAUUUGGAAUAGUGAUGUUGUUGAUUGCAGCAAAUAAGAGUCCUAAUUAUUUGUUUUCGCGUAGCAUUAAAACAAACAGUAUUCCUAAAAAUACAGAGAAGUGGUGUCUAAGUCGUUAAGAGAUUAUAGCAUAAAUUGCUCAAAUUGACCAAUGGUCACAACUCAGUUAAUGCUGGUUAUUGGUGUGAGACCUGCUCAGAGGUCUCUUUUCUCUUAACCUUAGUUCCCUGAUUUGCUAAAUGAGAAUUAAUCAUGGCAGCUACCUUAUAAAGCUGUUUGUUAUUUAGAUGAGAUAAUGCACAGGAAGCUGUUGACAGAGCGCCUGGCUCAGAUUAAGUACUAAGUAUUAGCUGUUAUUAUUUUACUAAGACUGAAUAGAGAUGUCUAGGAUAAUGCUUGUCACCAGAGGAAAGCCAGCAUAGCGUGGAUAAUUGAAAAAAGUGGAAAAUUGAAAAUCAGUAGUGUUGUGUGGAGGAACUGACACUGAAUUGGUGUGGUCUUUUUUGUCAUUCGGCCAUUGUUUUGUCAUUGCUUCUCAGUUGUUUCCCUGCUGCUGGACAGAAAUUUAGACUGCCUUAUUCAGAAAACCAAAUGCCUUUCUAUUGUCUUUCCUUAUUUUUUAAAAAAUUAAGUUGAUGUGUCUUUUGUCAGGCACUUGAAAAAUCUGUUUUAUGAGGAUUGUGGGUUUUGUUAGUUGUUACUACAGUGCCACACUCAGUUUGAGAAAUACACGACAACCCCAGAGUCAUUUCAGAAAUAUUUUUUUACCGAUGUUUACCUCUGCGGCUGGUGCAGAUCUCAGGUGUGCAAGAAAUAUUUCUUAAAAAACAACAACAACAACAAAAUGCUGUUUUAUUUUUCUUUUGAGACAUUUCUGCUAUGACAUUUCAGUUACAUUCCUCAUUUCUGUGGAACUCAUCUGGGUAGCUCAGAAAUCUCUGUUCACUCCCCGGGAUAGGUUUAUGCAAUUUUAAAUGUCACCUAAACGAAUGGAAUAAGAAGGUGAACAUAGUCAUUUUAAAAAUAGUAUUAUUAUUUUUGGGAGAAAUAAAUAUGCUUCGGAUUCAUAAAAAGGCUAUGUUUGCAAAUGUACUUAAGUGGGUAUGACAACUGUGAAAGAUUGGGGAAAAUGUUUAACAUUGAUCAUAAUUCUGCUCUUAGAUUUGAAACUGCCUUCAGAUUUUUGUUCUGCUUUAGAGGAACACAAAUGGAAACUCAGGGGUGAAUUACAAUGCAGUUUAUGGAAAGACAUGUCUUGAGACGUUAGCUAACCUGUCCCCCAAUAAAAGCAACAACACCCAUACUAAAAAUACCAAUGAAACAAAAAAGCCCAACUUGACCUUAAACAUAUAUACAUUUAUAUGUUUUAAGUUAAAUAUUAAGAUUAUGUGUGUAUUUAAAUUAUCUCACUGGUUGACUUUCAGAAGUUAACUCACGAACUACCGGUUCUUGUCAGGGCUUUUAUCUUACACUGACACGAUGAAAUACUAUGCAAUCAUUAAACAUUCUAUUUUAGUUUAUUUUCUUCUAUUUUAUAAUAACAUUUUAUAAUGGCAUAUAAAGGUGCUCAUUAUAUGUGGUUCAGUGAGAGAUGGUGGCUAUAGACUAGAGUGUACUAUACCAUCCCAUUUUUGUAAAAAUAUGUUUAGGAUAAAGAAGAAUAUAACACAGGUUAAUGGUGGGUGGUAGUAUUAUGGCUGAUUUUUAUGCUCUUUAUGAUUGUACUAUUAUAAAUGUUUGACUUUUGUAGUAAAAACUAAUAAAAUAAUUUUUUAAAGAAAAAUGUGUGUUUUCUUAUUUUGUAAACAUAUAUGACUGUGCUUUAAGGGAUACUGACUCUUAGCUUGGAGAUUUUAGGCAUUAACUAAUUCUCCAGUAUUUUCGGAAAUGGUGCAGAGUAGUUAAUAGUUACGUUCCUUACCCUUUGAGAAGCUCCUUUGAGUAGAAGAGAAUCAUUGUUCCAGAAUUUUCUUAAACCGCUCUAGAGUAUACCUCUUUACAAAAAAACUUCCACAGUACCUAAAGGCACAGUCUAAAUUCUUCAGUUUGCUUUUGAAAACUAACAGGUCAAAAUCCAGUCCACUUUCCGUGGUUUAUUGCCCCAUGAAUAUGUAAAAGUAUUUAUUAAUAAAAAAUAAAAUACUGAAAAAAAAUUCUCAAAUGCAACCUUAGAUUUGCUGAUUUGUUAAUUUUCUUGCAUUUGUAUCUUGGCUAGUUUGUUAAUUGGACUAUCAUUUCCCAGCCUUUGAGUGAGUAAAUCCUACCCAUUUUUCAGUAUCUGGUUAAAAAACCAUACCCACAGUGGCAUCCCUGGCCACUCUAGCUAAAACUGAGUUUUGCAGUUGAACUCAUUAGCAAUUCUCAUUUUUGCUGAGGCAUUUCUUAGGCAUCACCUCAUUCUUGAUCUCUAAUUUCCCAAUUUCAUUUUAAAUUUUUUGAGGGCAAGAAAACUUGUCUCGUCUUUGUCUCUAUUCCUUAAAGUUUCUAGCAUGGAACUCUGCACAGGGUGGGUGCUUUCUAGUUAUUAUUUGAUUAUACCGUGGUAUCACUGGCUCUUUAGAAUCCAAGUGUUGGAAAUUUUUCUUAACCAGUGAUCCUGGAUAAGGAGCAGCGCUUUGCCCGCAACAAUACGGAGGAAUAAAAAACAUGCUUCUGCUUAAUAGUGUAUUGAUAUAGAUAGUUGAUAAAAGACUUGACAGUAUUUUUCAUUAAAACUAACGUGAUACCUGAGCCUCAGGAAGUUUCUCAUGCAGCUAAUUUUGUUUGCGUUUGACAGCAUUUUUGUUCUUAACCUUACCAGAAGCACAAUUGCGUCUUAUAUUCUUUUACAGCUACUGUUCCAGGAACCCAGAGACCUGCAGUGUUUGAUGGUGGAUUAGAUGGGCCAUCACAGUCACUGCACCAGAACUUUAGGAGGUCAUGUCUGAGGUUCAGUGAGUCAUAGUAUGUAAAGUACUUUGUGUUCAAAAGUUAAUAUUUUUUCUUAUGUUAUUGGAAACAUGUCCGUUUUCAAAAUAUAUCCAGGUAUACUUAUUUGGUCUGUGGUAGACACUUAUGGGACCUAACUCUUUUAAAAAAUGAUUUUAUUUUAAUUUACAGAUAUUUGCCAGAAUUAAUACAGCUGAUGAAAUACUUGAUCUUUUCUGCUUCAGAGGCUGGCUUAAUUGAUUAAUUUUCUCCAUAAAUGUGAGAAGUCGGAAAAUCAGUAUUUCUCAUAAUAAAAAGUAAUAGGUAAGUAAAUGUUAUGCUAGCAUUUUGACUUAAUGAAGCCUUUUUUUCCGUCAUCUUACUGGUUUUAAGGCUGUGAUUUUAUGUUUCAGUUAUUGAUUUUAAUGAUUAAAUUUUUCCCAUUGGAGAAAUACUCAUAACACAAUAUAGAAUGAUUGCUAUAUAUCUUCCAGCAGCUGAGAAUGCUUAAACUAUUUGAAAUGCAAAAUUAUUUGCAAUUCUAUUUUCAGCUUAACAAAGCAGCAAAUAAACUGCAUUAAAUUUUUUACUUAAAAUCUUCAUAAAUUAUAUGUACAUUGUGUCAGUUAAUACAUGGCUGAGCAUGAAAAUUACCGGGGGAAUUUUGAAAAUUCUGAAUUCUAGGCUCACCUCAGCUCUACUAAAAUUUUGGGUGUUCAGCCUGGUUUGGGAACCAUGCAGUCUAUAAUGUUGAAGGAUUAUACUUUUAGGUGAGUGGAAACUGGAAAACUAUUUAUUUGUAGAGAAAUCUCAAACACUGGUAGGAAAAAAAUCCUUCAUAUUUAUCUAGCAUAUAUAAUUGGCAGAAGAAAAAUGUGUUUCAGAGGCUAAAUUAGUUGUUCCGAUUUUUAGCAACUGUGUUGCAUAAAUUAUUAAAAAAUCUGCUUCUUUGUGAGCUGAGCAGAAAAUGCCAUGUGGUGUCUUUACUCUCAUGGUGACAGAGAAUGAGACGUCGUUAGAUAAUCUGGGAUUUUAUGUGGAAACAUGAUGGGGAAAUUAAUGAGCUGCAUUAGAGUAUAGUAAAUAUACCAUAACAAUAUCUUAGAAGUAAUUGAUCUUCGCAAAUUGAUUAUUGUAGUCUUUGUUACUGAAUCAAUAUCUAAUAUCUCUAAUAAGUGAUUAGAAAAACUAAUCUAAAAAACUAAAUAUUUAGUCAUCUAGUCUUCAAAUAUUGGCAACGAACUGUUCUUUCAUAAGAUGUGUAGUUCUUGUUUCUGCUUCAGGCUCACUUAUUUAUUCAACGUCUCAUGGCAGCCUUGUGUAUUUUCCUAAUUAUUAGACGUAGGAGCGGAUAGGACCCAAGAGUGAAUUUCUGUUUUCUGUUAAUUAUCAUAGCCAUUUUCCUCAUAAGAGUAAGGAAUUAUCAUGAUUUUGAACAUUUUUCUUUUUUUCAGUUUGAGUAUUAGAAGACAGUAGCCAUCUGACUUCAGUUAUUUAUUCAAGAUGCAGAAAAGACAAGGAUAUUGCAGUUAUUGCCGUGUGCCAUAUAAUAACCUGGAACAGCAGACUCUCACUAAAGGAAAAACUAAAAAGGAGUUCUUCAGGCAGAAGGAAAAUGAUUCCCGAUGGAAGCUCACAGAUACAGGAAGUAAUGAAGAACAGUGGAAAGCAUUUGUUCAGUGCUCAGCACAGGAGUCUGACCAGACAGAGUAGACGUCAAAUAUGUACCAGUAGUUUGAUGGAACGUUUCUUACAAGAUGUACUGCAGCACCAUCCAUAUCAUUGCCAAGAGAGCAGUUCAACACAAAAUGAGACAUAUGUGAAUACUGGGUCAUCGUCUGAAGUGGUACAUUCGGAUGAUGAUUUUUCUGAACAAGAGGAAGAGGAUGAGAAUGAGCUUGAGGAUGAGGAUGCUACUGAAGAGAGACCCUUUGAGGCUUCUGAGCCUAUCGAAGAGUUGCAUUCCGUACCCCAAAAAUCUCAGGAAGGCACAAAGGAGGUUUCAGUUCGACCGUCAGUUAUUCAAAAACUGGAGAAGGGACAGCAGCAGCCUUUGGAGUUUGUUCAUAAAAUUGGGGCCAGUAUGAAAAAAUGUAAUCCAGUAGAUACUGCUCAGGCUACAAAUAAUGGAAGCAACUUGGUACGCCCCCCAGUGAUUUAUAAUGCUCCUGCUAGUUGUUUACCUGAAAACUCUAAUGGUAGACCAGUUACAACUAAUUCAACUGGUUUACCACCUGCAGUUCAUUUGGAUUCAGCUAGCAAAUGUGACCCAAACAAAGUGGACAACUAUCUUGAACAGCCAGAUGGGGCCUCUAGAAAUCCUGUGCCAUCAUCUCAUCUGGAAACUUCUUCAGUUUUACGUCAGAAACCUAAAGAAUCAAACAGGAAAUCUUUACGUAUAAAUUCAGAUAAGUUGGUUUUGCGGAAAGAUGUAAAAUCUCAGGGUAAAACUUUGUCAGCUGGCUUGAAAUUCCAUGAACGUGUGGGUUCUAAGGGCUCAUUAAAAGUUAAGUCUCCUUCCAAAUUAGCAGUAAACCCGAGUAAAAUGGACAUGCCUUCUAAUAAAGGAAUCUUUGAAGAUACUAUUCCAAAGCAUCAUGACAAAUUCUUUUCUAAUAUGGAUCGUACCCAAGAAGAAAAGCAUUUGGUUUUUAACAAGAAAGCCUUUUUGGAUCAGAAGUGCUCAGUGAGUUCUGCAAUGAAAUUUGCUUGUAGCUCUCUUCAGUCAGCAUCUGAUCAGCCCCAAGAGGCUGCACAAGACUUAAAUCUUUGGAAAGAAGAGCAAAUUGACCAAGAAGAUAACUAUGAAUCUAGAGAAUCAGAAAUGAGUUUUGAUUGCGGUUCUUCUUUUUAUUCACUGACUGACCAAUCUAAAGUGAAUGCCAAAGAAAUAAACCUUUCCAAGAAAGUACGUGCUGCUGUACCAUAUAAGAAUAACAAAUCUAAUGUUUCUGAAGUAAGUUCUGAUUGUGAUGAUGUUCUUCAGUUGGUUACCAACCAAUCCCAAAUAAGUCUUCAGAAUACCAUGCGUAUUAGCCUGGUUGACCAAAGCUAUGAAUCUAGUAGUUCUGAAACGAAUUUUGAUUGUGAUGCUUCACCUCAGUCCACUAGUGAUGAUUACCCUCAACAACCUGUAAAAGAAGUAAACCUUCCUAAGGAAGCGCACAUUGGUUUGGUUGAUAAGAACUAUGGUUCUAGUAGCUCUGAAUUAAGCGCUGAUUCUGUUUUCCCACUUCAGUCAGUGGUUGACCGACCCUCAGUGGCUGUCACAGAAACAAAACUUCGGAAGAAGGCUUAUACUGGCUUGGUUGAUAACUAUGGAUCAAGUUGUUCUGAAACAAGUUUUGAUUGUGAUGUUUCUCUUGAUCACACGCAACUGACUGUCAAAGGAAGAAACCUGAAAGGUAGACAAGUCCACCUAAAACAUAAGAAGCGUAAACCCAGUAGUGCUAAAGCACAUCUUGAUUGUGGUGUCUCACUUGGGACAGUUGCAGAUGAAUCCCAGAGGGCUGCUGUGAAGAUGAAUCUUCUGAAGGAGAAGAAUGCUGACCUUAUGGAUAUGAACUGUGAAUCCCAGGGUCCUGAAAUGGGUUUUCACACUGAUGCUCAAUUAGUGGCUGACCAAUCUCAAGUAGCAAUUAAAGAAAUAGACCUUCAGAAAGUGGAUGUUGACCUUGAGAAUAAGAGUGUUCAGUCUAGCAGUACUUCUCUAAGUUCUGAUUCUCCAGCUUCUCUUUAUCAUUCAGCCCACGAUGAGCCUCAAGAAGCUUUGGAUGAAGUAAAUCUUAAAGAGUUAAAUAUUGACAUGGAAGUUAAGAGCUACGAUUGCUCCAGCUCUGAGUUGACAUUUGAUUCUGACCCACCUCUUCUGUCAGUUACUGAGCAGUCUCAGCUGGAUGCCGAAGGAAAAGAACGGCACCUUGACCUGGAAGAUGAGAGCUGUGAGUCAGAUAGUUCUGAAAUAACAUUUGAUUCUGAUAUUCCUCUUUAUUCAGUAGUUGACCAACCUGAAGUAGCUGUUUAUGAGGAAGAAACUGUUGAUCUGGAAAGUAAAAGUAAUGAAUCUUGUGUUUCUGAAAUAACUUUUGAUUCUGAUAUUCCUCUUCAUUCAGGAAAUGAUCACCCUGAAGUAGCUGUUAAAGAAGUAAUUCAGAAAGAAGAGUACAUUCACUUAGAAAGGAAGAAUGAUGAACCCAAUGGUUCUGAAAUAAAUUCGGACUCCUAUGCCCCUCUUCAUUCAGUGACUAAUUCUCCUGAAGUAGCUGUUAAAAAGCUAUAUCCUCAAAAAGAAGAGCAGAAACACUUAGAAAAUAAGGAAAAUGAACCUACCAAUUCUGAAGUAAGUUUGGAUUUUAAUUUCAUGUUUCAUUCAGUGACUGGACAUUGUGAAGAUCCCAUUAAAGAAAUAAACCUUCACAAAAAAGAGCACAUGUACUUAGAAAAUAAGAGUGUUUUUGAAGCAGGUUUGGAUUCUGAUAUCUCUCUUCAGUCAGCGAUGCACAAACCUGAAGUAAUUGUCAAAGAAACAUGGCUUCAAAGAGAAAAGUAUACUGAAUUCCAAGAUAGAAGUGCUGAAUUCAGUGGCUCGAAAACAAGUUUAGAUUCUGGUGUCCUUCAUUAUUCAGUAACUAAACCUCAAGCAGCUGUUAACAAAACAAACAGAAAGAAGCAAUGUGUUCUAGAAAACAAGAAUAAUAAAUGUAGUGGUUCUGAAAUAAUUCUGGAUUCUAAUAUUCCACCUCAGUCAAUGAUUGACCAACCUCAGCUAGCUUUUUUGAGGGAAGAGUAUGUUAAUCUGAAGGACAGAAACAGCAAAUCAAGUGAUUUUAAAAUAACUUUUAAUUCUGAACAACUUCAGGAAGCAGUUAAAAAAAUAGACCAAUGGAAGGAAGAGGUUAUUGGCCUGAAAAAUAAGAUUAAUGAACCUAAUACUUCUAAAUUAAUACAUGAUUCUGAUGUUUCUGUCCAGUCUGUGGCUGACCAACCCCAAGUAGCUAUUAAACAUGUAAACCUUGGGAAUGAAAACCGUAUGUACUUGGAAGCUAAGAACAGCCAAUAUAGUUGUUCUGAAAUGAAUGUGGAUUCUGGUUUCUUGGCUCAGUCAAGAGUCAGGCGACCUCAAAUAGCUAUUUUAGAGCAGGAACAGAUUGAACUAGAAGAUAAGCACAAUCAAUGUUGUAGUUCUGAAGUAAGUUUUGAUUCUGAUGACCCUCUUCAGUCAGUAGCUGACCGGCUGAGAGAAACUGUUAAAGAAAUAAGCCUUUGGAAGGAUGAAGAUGUUGACAUGGAAGAUAGGAGGGAUGAAGCUAAGGGCUUUGAAAUUAUGUAUGAUUCUGAUGUUCUUCAGUCAGUGGCUGGCCAACCUGAAGAAGUAGCUAAAGAGGUUGGUCUUUGGAAAGAGCAUGCUGACUUGGAAGAUAAGAUUGUCAAACCUACUGAUUCCAAAAUAAAUUUUGAUUCUCAUGAACCCCUUCAGUCCAUGACUAGUAACAUUCAAGGGGUCAAUCAAGAAUUAAAUCUUUUGGUGGAGGAACAUGCUUGUCUGGAUGAGAAGAGCUAUGCACCCAGUGAUUCUGAAAUAAUUUAUGUUUCAAACAUCCCUCUUCAGUCAGUGAUUAAACAGCCACACAUUUUGGAAGGGGAGCAUGCCAAUCUCGAAGAUAAGAGCAGUGAUUCUUGUAGUCCUGAAGAAAGUUCUGAUUUCAGUGACUCUUUUCAGGCAGUAGCUGAUGGGCUUCAAAAAUCUGUCAAAAAAAUAAAUCUUUGGAAGGAAGACCAUAUUUACCUGGAAGAUAAGAGCUAUAAACUAGGUGAUUUUGAUGUAAGUUGUACUUCUCAUAUUCCUGUUCAGUUUGUGACUGAUCAAUCUGUGUCUGUUGAAGAAAUAAACUUACAAAAGAAGGAUCAUAAUGAUGUAGAAAAGAAGAACUGUAAAACCUGUGGUUCUGAAAUAAGAUGUGAUUCUUGCGAUAAUCUUCAGUCAGAAGUUGACCCACCUCAAGUGACUUACAAAGAGGCAGACCUUCAGAAGGAACAACAUGUUGUCAUGGAAGAAAAGACUGAUGAACCUAUUGAUUCAGAAAUGAUAUAUGAUUCUGAUGUUCCUUUUCAAAUAGUAGUUAACCAAUUUCAAGGGUCAGACAAAGAAACACAUCUUCCAAAGGUGGUACUUGUGAAUGUGAUGCCCAGUGAGGGUGAUUAUGAAGUAAUUUCAGAUGAUACUCCCCUUCAGUUAGUGACUGACCCACCUCAAUUGACUGUCAAAGAUAUCAACUGUAUAAAUACAGAAUGUAUGGAUAUAGAAGAUAAGAGCUGUGACUCUUUUGCCUCUGAAGUCAGAUGUAGUUGUAAAGCCUCUUCUCCCUCAAUGACAAGCCAAUGCAAAGAGACUUUCAAAAUAAUAAACCGGAAGAAAGACUAUAUUAUUCUGGGAGAGCCAAGUUGUCAGUCUUGUGGUUCUGAAAUGAAUUUUAAUGUUGAUGCCUCUAAUCAGUCCAUGACUUACGAGUCACAAGAACCUGAUAAGAAAAUGGUGAAAUAUAUUGACUCAGAAGAUAGUAGCUGUGGAUAUAAUGGUUCUAAAGGAAAAUUUUAUUUGGAAGAUACUUCUCAUCGAAAGACUCACCGAAUGCAGAAAGCUUACAAAGAAGCCAGCCUUCGGAAAGAUCCAAGAAAUGCUAGCCUAAAGGGUAAGAGCUGUCAAUCUAGUGCUGCUGCAGUGGAUUUUGGUGUCUCUUCUAAGUCAGCGCUUCAUCGAAGGGCUGAUAAAAAAAAACUUUCGAAGUUAAAACAUGGAGAUCUACAAAGUGUGAGCCAUGAACCGGUUGAUUUUGAGAUGAAUUUUCAGUGUGCUCCCCCUCUUCCGUCUGAUACUCAUCAGCCUCAAGAAACUGUUAAGAAAAGACAUCCUUGCAAGAAGGUAUCUUUUGACCUGAAAGAAAAGAACUGUGAUUCCCAGCCAAGCUCUGUUCCCAAGGUUGAUUCUGUAAGGAACCUGAAAAAAGGAAAGGACAUCAUAGAAGAUAAUCCUGAUGAACCAGUUCUUGAAGCCUUACCUCAUGUACCUCCUUCAUUUGUGGGGAAAACAUGGUCUCAGAUAAUGAGAGAAGAUGACAUAAAAAUUAAUGCUCUUGUGAAGGAGUUUAGGGAGGGUCGUUUCCACUGUUACUUUGAUGAUGACUGUGAGACCACAAAAGUUUUUCCGAAGAAGAAAAGGGUUACCUGGGCUGACUUGAAAGGUAAGGAGGACGCUGCACCAAUUCAAGCUCUGUCCGAGAGUGAUGAUACUGUACGUGGUAGUUCAGAUACUGAUGACUUGUCAGUGGCCUUAGAUCAACCAUGCCAUCGUCAUCCUCCAGCAGAGAAUCCUUCUACACAACAGUGGCCUGUGGCUUCUGAAUGCCAGACAGCGAACAUCAGCCAUAGUACUCAAAGCAGUUGUAAGAAUUACCCAGUGUUGAAAAGAAAAAUAAUUAGACAAGAGGAAGACCCACCAAAAAGUAAGUGUUCACGUUUACAGGAUGACAGAAAAACCAAAAAGAAUGUCAAAAUUGGGACAAAAGUUGAAUUGCCUGCAUCGUGUACUAAAGUUUUGAAGCCUAUGCAAUCCAAAGCCUUAGUCUGUGUUCUUUCUUCUUUAAAUAUUAAACUGAAGGAGGGUGAAGGCCCCCAAUUCCCUAAAAUGAGGCACCAUAGUUGGGAUAAUGAUAUUCAGUUUAUAUGCAAAUAUAAACGGAAUAUCUUUGAUUAUUUUGAGCCCUUGAUUAAGCAAAUUGUAGUUAAUCCUCCCCUGAAUAUAAUAGUACCAGAGUUUGAGAGGCAUAACUGGGUUAAAAUUCAUUUUAAUAGGAGCAACCUAAACUCCAGCGCAGGAGAUAAUGAUGCUGAUGGACAAAGCUCUGCUUCAGUGCCUUUACUGGCAGCACCAGCAAGAUAUGGAUUUAAUUCACAUCAGAGAACCAGUGACUCUUCUCUGUUUCUGGAAGAAUCAAAGGUUCUGCAGGUUCAUGAGGUUCUAAAGAAAAGUAAUUUACAGCUAACCUUUUUAAAUCAUGGUGUUGUCAAAAAUCAUUUAAAUAAUCCAGAAUCAGUUAGAAAUAAAUUUUUCAAAAGUAAAAGUAAAAGGAAAAUUCAUGGGAAGAAGGUGAGAGCUAGUGGUAGUAAGCUAGGUUUUCCCAAAAAGGUUUGUAAACCAGUUAUUCCUCGGAAAAAAGCCAGAAAAGCUUCAGAGAAACGAUCAGCUUCAAUUCGGACCAAACCAAGUAAGGUAAUUAGAAAGUAUAUGUCAAAAUACUCUGCCUUUUUAUAUCAUAGAUGUCAGUCUAGGUAUGCUUUUUUUGGAAUGUAUCCGAAGAAGAAGAAAACUGUUGUCGGUAGGCUAAAGAAGGCAAAGAGAACAGCUAACGUGCUUUCAAACUCCUCAGUUUCACCAGCUGGUGCUGAAGAGCUGUCAAGCGCUAUCGCAAAUCCUCCUCCGAAGCUACCUGUGCAUUCUUCUAGACGUGCAUGCUCUUCUAGACCUGCGCCUUCUUCUGUGCCUGCGCUUUCUUCUAUACCUGCGCCUUCUUCUAGACCUGCGCGUUCUUCUAGACCUGCGCGUUCUUCUCAACCUGUGCGUUUUUCUAGCCGCAUUGCAGAAAGGGAGGAGGAGAAGAAGAGGAAUGAAAAAUGCCAGAGCCAAAAGAGAAUUUCUUCUGGACCUGUGAGAGCAUAUAAUCUGAGAAGUUCAUCUUGUUCACAACCUUAUGAAAGAAUGAUGACUCGGCUAGCAAACAAAUUGAGAGGUAAUGAGGUAAAAUAGAAGUUGUUUUUGUGUUCAGGCCAGUUGAGGGUUCAGUACUUCAAUUGAAAUAUAUUUGGUACUUUGUGCACACAGCUUUCCCAACUUUGGUGAGAAAACUAAACUUGAACUAUUUUGCUAUAAAUAUUAUUUUUCAGAAUUUUUAUAUUCAUUUAAAAUUAGUGUUUAGAGUCCUUUCAUUUUAAGAUUCAACAUGAACCUUACAUUUUGUCCAACAUUUUCUGUAGAAGACCUUCAUCUUAAUUUAUGUCACAAAAUAAUUUAGCAGAGUAUAUAGAAUUUUGUCCCUCAAAUCAUAUCCCACUUAUUUUUUUAUGAUUCUCUCUCUCAUGCCAGCAAAUUUAAUAUUGUAAGAAUGAAUAUAGCAAACUUA